ACUCCAACAAGUUUCAACAAUAUUACUACUCAUAAUAAUUCAAUAUUGUUCAUAAAAUUCAUAAAACAAUAUGCCAAUUUAUUCUUCUGAUUCUGAUGAUCCACACCCUUCACAUUCAGCACCCACAAGAAGAUUUUUGGCUCAUAAUAGGCCAAUGCAUGCAAUUCUUGGAGGAGGAAAAGUUGCUGACAUAUUGUUAUGGAGAGACAAGACAAUAACAGGAUCAAUUUUAAUUGGAUUCACACUAAUUUGGUCUCUUUUUGAAGUUAUGGAGUAUAAUAUUGUGACUCUUUUGUGUCAUAUUUCCAUGAGCAUCAUGUUAAUUCUCUUCAUUUGGUCUAUGGGAGCUGGAUUUGUUGAUUGGAAUCCUCCCGAUUUUCGAGCAUUUAUGAUAUCUGAUUCAACAUUUAGAUGGUUAUGUGGGAAAUUCAACUCUAUAUUGGUGAAAUUCUAUGAAAUUUCAUCUGGAAAAGAUUUCAGAAAUUUUUUCUUGGCAAUCACUUUCCUAUGGAUAUUAUCAGUUAUUGGAAGUUACUUCAGCUCUCUGAAUUUAUUGUACCUAGGAUUUGUUUGCCUAGCAACAUUACCAGCUUUAUAUGAAAGGUAUCAUAAUGAGGUGGAUUAUUUAGUAAGGCAAGGUAACCAAGAUAUGAAGAAACUAUAUAAUAAGUUUGAUACUGAAGUGCUCAAUAAGAUUCCAAGAGGACCUGUCAAGCAAAAGAAAAAGUUUUGA